GAGAUAGGAGAGUAAAACUCAGCCUCCCAUUUUCUUCUUCCUACUUACCCCAUCUUUUUCUCUCUCUAGAAAAUCCAUUUUCCUCUCUCUACCCACACAUGUAUAUAAUCUGUAAUCUGUAUACGUAUACUUCCUUUACCUGGAAGUUUAUUUUGUAUCCAUUUUCCCCUUUCCUCAAAAUUUGUCAUCUAAUAAAACCCUAGCUUCUACUAGCUGCUGCUGCUGCUGAUUCUAAAUCAAUUGUGAUAGUGGAGGUGAACUUUGUAUCGGGGCUUUACUUUGUAAUUUUGAGUACCAUUAGGAAAAGAGGUUUUCUUGUUUCAAAAUAAGAUUAUUGGAGAUCAAGGUCUCAUGAGAAUUGUUAGGGGAAUGCAGAAAUUACUUUGCGAGUAUCAGACAGAAGUGGAGUGCUGGGACAAAUCGUUCAGCCAAGGCAUUGGUGUUACUGCCCCAAAGGCCAGGAAGCAUGACAAAUUCAAAGCAAGCGCUUUGUUUCUCUAACUUCGGGUAAAGGAAAACUCAAGUGUUUCAUAGGUUCCAGGCUGAAGAAGACUACCCCAAAUGACUCGGAUACUGGUUCAGCGUUGUUCCGCUGGAGCCUCAUCGUCUUCGUCCUCAAAUCAGAACAGGUCAUCAUCUUCGCUCCCUGGCUCAUCUUCUUCUUCAGCUCCAACCCAGACACAGGCUUCUAGUAACGGUCAGGUACUAUCAGUUGCGAAAGAUGAUGAUUUCUUGGAAGAAAUACAAGAACAGGUUGCUUUAGAAGAGCUCUCCAUUGGUUCUUCAAACUACAAGGGUGUUAAGGGUGAUGAUGAAUUGUUGGAUAGUUUUGGCAGCGACCAAAGCACCAAUGACGAAAAGAUUGCUGACAAUGAGAAGAGAGAUGGUGGUUUUGUCAGUGAGGACUUGGCUAGGGAAUUUGAUGGUUUGAGAGUUGUGGAAGUGGAAAAUGAGGGAAGUUCAGUUCAGAGGGCUACAUGUAGUUCAUGUCCACCUCCACCUCCUGUCCCACCACCGAAACCUGCUUCACUAAACUCGAGUCCUGGAAGAUUCCCGUUGGGUAGUUCACAUGCUGGCCGGAUAGGAUCGUCUAGGGGAACUGCUGGGCGACCUACUGUCUCAACUAGGACCUCACCUGCUGGAUCCAGGCCAUCCUCUCCACGAUCACACUGUGAUGAAGGUUAUAAUAGUGCUGAUGAGCAGAACCCCUGCUUUAGAUCCUCAUAUGAUGAUGUGGAGAGAGAGCGGCAGUUUGAAAUGGAUAUUAGACGAACCAAAAGCUUAGAAGUUAAGAAAAUGUUGGGAGAUGGGAACUGCCUCUUCCGUGCUGUUGCUGACCAAGUAUAUGGUGAUUCUGAAGCUUACGAUUUGGUCAGACAGAUGUGCAUUGACUACAUGGAGCGGGAAAGGGACCACUUCUCUCAAUUUAUAACUGAAGGUUUCACUUCGUAUUGCAAGAGAAAAAGGAGAGAUAAGGUUUAUGGCAACAAUGUGGAGAUUCAAGCACUGUGUGAAAUGUAUAAUCGCCCUAUUCAUAUAUACUCUUAUAGCACAGAACCAAUCAAUACAUUCCAUGGUAGUUACAAUACAGACAGCCCUCCUAUUCGACUCAGCUUUCAUCAUGGAAAUCAUUACAACUCUCUUGUUGAUCCACAUCGACUAACAGUUGGUGCUGGCCUUGGGUUUAGCUCUCUACAAGGGCUGUUGAAACUAGUGAAACUUCAUCGGCUGUGUGCCUACAGCUCUUGGGUGUUGACUUAUAGGAACCUUGAUAAGGAUCAGGUCAAAGCAGCAAUAAAAGCUCAACAGGAUCAGCAAAUUGAUAAUGCACUUCUAGCAGAAGGACGCUUUUAUUCUGAUCUUGAGCUCACCGAAAAGGAGAUUGAACACAUGGUAAUGGAAGCUUCUAGGGCCGAGUAUAUUGCCAAUGACAAAUUCAGGCAGCAGCUUGGUUGUCGAGAAUCUUCCACUACUAGCGCUGAACCAUCAUCAUCAGGAGUUAGGUCAUCGGGAAGUGGAGCGAAGCAAGAAGGUGGGGGGCGAGAAGUUCUUAGUGACUGCAUCCAGAUUAUGCUGUCGAUGGGAUUUAGUUAUGCACGAGUAAUAGAGGCUUAUAGCAUAUUCGGGGACGAUGUGGAUUCAAUGGUAUGUUAUCUCCUUGAAGCCAGCAUAGCAGCAGACGUAACCGAAUGAGGAAAAAACAAGAAAGAGUUGCAAUGAGAUUCUAGUUUCUAUUUUCUCUCUCUAUUAGUAUAGAGCUUUGCCUCUGGAAACCUCGAACGCACUAUUUUCAGCCUUAAAUCUACCAUCGAAGUGUUUCGUAAAGCUUGAUCUUCUUCCUUUGCA